GCUCCAUCUGUGCUGAAUGGGCCAAGAUGGGCUAAGAACACUGAGACUGACCGGCUGAUUCUGACUCCACCUGGGCCUGAGCAUUUGCCUGAGUUCCCUGACUGGAUGGCAGACUGAAUCUGGCUGGCUACUGGAGACUUGCUGACUGGACAUCUGAUGGUGUAUCAGCCCACCUGAUGUGUGGACUGACCACAUCUGCCAGAACGCAUGGCUGAGUACGUGUGGCUGGCUGAUUCUGACUGACCAUCUGGGUCUAACUGUAGCUCAGGGACUGGGACUGCUUGACUGUUAGUCACCCACAGCCUCUGUCUGACUCGGCUUGACCUACAGCGUCUGCAUUAGACUACAUCUGCCUGACUGCUAUGAUGACUGACUUCCUCUGCAUUCAAUAAAUGUUAGAUGAAUCAGAGGCCUACCCGAAGUGCAGCUGACCAGCUGAAUCUGACUGAGUUGGCCCCUGAAAUUCUCUCCCUGACUAGUGGACUCCUUGAUUCCAGCUGCCCAAACAAAUGCUUUCUUAUCGAGGGGCCUGGGGCCUGGACAUUUUCAGUUACAGGUCUGGUCUUCGGGUGUAUGUAUUCAAAGCAAGAGUGCCAACAGGAAAAGGAGCCAAGGACAGAGGCCUGUGGGUGAGGCGGGCAGCAGGAGCAGGACUCAAGGCCAGGUGCCUGAUUGACGUCUUUACCCCAGGGAGCUGGUGUGGACGGAGGAGGGCGUGCUGGUCACCAUGACAACAGAGACAGGCCCCGAUUCUGAGGUGAAGAAGGCUCAGGAGGAGGCCCCGCAGCAGCCUGAGGCAGCCGCCGCCACGACCACCCCUGUGACCCCUACAGGCCACAGCCACCCCGAGGCCAACUUCAAUGAGAAGCAUCCGCCCCAGCAGGACACUCGGCCUGCUGAACAGAGCCUAGACAUGGAAGAGAAGGACUACGGGGAGGCCGAUGGCCUGUCAGAGAGGACCACGCCCAGCAAGGCCCAGAAAUCGCCCCAGAAGAUUGCCAAGAAAUACAAGAGUGCCAUCUGCCGAGUCACUCUGCUCGAUGCCUCUGAGUACGAGUGUGAGGUGGAGAAACAUGGCCGGGGCCAGGUACUGUUUGACCUGGUCUGUGAGCACCUCAAUCUCCUGGAGAAGGACUACUUCGGCCUGACCUUCUGUGAUGCCGACAGCCAGAAGAACUGGCUGGACCCCUCCAAGGAAAUCAAGAAGCAGAUCCGGAGCAGCCCCUGGAAUUUUGCCUUCACAGUCAAGUUCUACCCCCCUGACCCUGCCCAGCUGACAGAAGACAUCACAAGAUACUACCUGUGCCUGCAGCUGCGGGCAGAUAUCAUCACAGGCCGGCUGCCCUGCUCCUUCGUCACUCAUGCCCUGCUGGGCUCCUACGCCGUGCAGGCUGAGCUGGGCGACUAUGAUGCCGAGGAGCAUGUGGGCAACUAUGUUGGUGAGCUCCGCUUCGCCCCUAACCAGACCCGGGAGCUGGAGGAGAGGAUCAUAGAGCUGCACAAGACGUACAGGGGCAUGACUCCAGGGGAAGCAGAAAUCCACUUCCUGGAGAACGCCAAGAAGCUUUCCAUGUACGGAGUAGACCUUCACCAUGCCAAGGACUCUGAGGGCAUCGACAUCAUGUUAGGAGUCUGUGCUAAUGGUCUGCUCAUCUAUCGGGACCGGCUGAGAAUCAACCGCUUUGCCUGGCCCAAGAUUCUCAAGAUCUCCUACAAGAGGAGUAAUUUUUAUAUCAAGAUCCGGCCUGGGGAGUAUGAGCAGUUUGAGAGCACCAUUGGCUUUAAGCUUCCGAACCACCGGUCGGCCAAGAGACUGUGGAAGGUCUGCAUUGAGCAUCACACAUUCUUCCGGCUGGUGUCCCCUGAGCCCCCACCCAAGGGCUUCCUGGUGAUGGGCUCCAAGUUCCGGUAUAGCGGGAGGACCCAGGCACAGACCCGCCAGGCUAGCGCCCUCAUUGACCGGCCUGCACCCUUCUUUGAGCGUUCUUCUAGCAAACGGUACACGAUGUCCCGCAGCCUUGAUGGAGCAGAGUUCUCCCGCCCAGCCUCUGUCAGUGAGAACCACGACACAGGACCUGACGGUGACAAGCGGGAGGAGGAUGGCGAGUCUGUGGGGCAGCGAUCAGAGGCUGAGGAGGGAGAGGUCAGGACCCCCACCAAGAUCAAGGAGCUAAAGCCGGAGCAGGAAACCACACCAAGACACAAGCAGGAGUUCUUAGACAAGCCAGAAGACGUCUUGCUGAAGCACCAGGCCAGCAUCAACGAGCUCAAGAGGACCCUAAAGGAACCCAACAGCAAACUGAUCCACCGGGAUCGAGACUGGGAGCGGGAGCGCAGGUUGCCCUCCUCGCCCGCCUCCCCCUCCCCCAAAGGCACCCCUGAGAAAGCCAAUGAGUCCCAGUGGACCCAGGACACCUCUCAGCAGGACUUGGCACCUGAGCCUGGGACGGCCACAGGCUGGGAAGUGUUCACUCAGAAAAGCCUCGCAGCGUCUCCUGAGGGUUCAGAGCAUUGGGUAUUUAUAGAAAGAGAGUACACUAGGCCAGAAGAACUCAGUCUCCUAAAGGUGACCACCGCGCAGCAGGAAGAAAGUGAGGCAGGCCUCGCAGACAUCCUUGCUGAUGGCAGACUCUCCAAGGUAGACAUCCUGGUGGACAAGUUCAAAGUGGAAGUGGCAACAGAAGAAACGGUGGGAGCUGGAAGAGCAAACUCCCAGCAACUAGGAAGAAUGAUGGCCAGCCCCGAAGACUUUGAGUCAAUAUGGGGGGAAGGCCCCUGGGUCAGGGGAGGCUCAGCAGGAGCUUCUCAGGCUGCAGGCUGCACGCUGGCAGAAAAGCUCCUCGAGGGCUCCCAGUUUGUGUCGGGCGCUGGGGAGGCAGCUGUCAGGCUGCGCCGGGUCUCAGGUGGUCAGCUGGAGGCCCAGACGGAGCUGAGGAAGGAGCUGGAGGGAGUCCAGACCUGUGGAAGGCCCCCUGUCCCGGGAUCCAGGCCCACAGAGGCAGAUGUCUCCUCCCCAGUCUCCGACAAGGGAGGACUCCAGUCCUUUCUGCUGGACCCAGCCCACACGGAAGACAGAGCCGACUCAAGUGACGAAACUGAUACUUCCUUUGCAGAGAGGAGCUUCUAUGUAAACUAUGGAGAGAAAGAUUCUGAAGACCAAGUCCUCCCUCCACCGCUGGAGGAAAGAGAAGAGCACCUGGACGCCCCUCCUGGAGAGGAGACCAGGCCAGCACUCUCAGAGAAGCUUCUAGAGAGCUCUCAGGGGGAUUCCUUGGACUCACAGGACUCUGCUGCAGCUUCUGGCAGGAACGAGGAUGAAGAGAAUGCAACCCUGACCACUUCCCCAGGGGGAGGAGCAGCGCCCCCCCACAGCAACAGAAGACCAGCUGACCUGGAGGCCUUUGUCGGGCAUCUCGGUAAGGGGCCUUCUCCAGGGCAGGCGUUUGCUGAGGACUGGGAAGAAGCCAGGCAGGGGCCGGAAGGAAAGUUUACCCACCCAGCAUCCUCUGUGGUUGUCGCCACAGAGGAAGAGGCUCCCAAGAAUGGAGAUUUGGUGGGAAAGGCUGAUAGAAGUCCCCCAGCAGGGUGGAAGAACCACUCACCUCACAGAGCAAGGGGCAUAUGCCCCCACCUCGCAGCCUGCGGCCUCCCGUGGGUCAUCCCUCCUGGCGAUGUCAGGAAUCCUGCCAAACCGGACAGGGGUAACUUCCUGCCCAAAGGCAGGGAACUGGUUCCCACCCAAACAGGAGAGCCGGUGACAGAGGACAGCAAGGCCUCAGAGUUUCUUCAGAUGGAGGUAGUCAGCCCCCUGCCCACCUCUGCUGGUUCCUUUCAGACUCAGGCAGCUCCUGAGGAAGCUUCUCCAAGGCCAGUCCCUCAUGGGUCAGGGGAGCCUUUGCAGCAUGGGGAUCCUUUAGAAGAACAGUCUCCUGUGUUUGUCAAACACACCCAGCAUCCUAGAGAGAGCCCGGAGCUCAAGGACCAAGUAGGGCUGUUUGUGACCCCUGGCAGAGGUGAGCGCAGGGCACCUCCCGUUGCCAGCAGAAAGCCCAGAAUUAUCCCAGAAGAAGCUGAGGGGGCCAUGCCACUGGGGUUGGCGUUCUCUUCAGCAAAGCAAAAGGAGAUGACCUCUUUCCAGGCUGGGAGCCAAGAAGGCUCCCUGGAAGAUAUUAGCAAGACCUCAGUGGCCAACAAAAUUCGCAUCUUUGAGACCCAUGGAGCUGAAACUCCCCGAGCUAGUCAAGGUGAAACAAAGUGCUUUUCAAAUGAGUUGUCUUCAGAGGCCUCCAUGGGUCAGAUAGAGCAACAGCGGAAUAAGCUUUUAGACCUGGGCUUCAUCCAACUCCAGCCCCCAGGGAACUUCCCUGGCCCCAAAGCCACACAUCCCUCAAUGAUGCCACCAGCCACCAGCCACUUCAAGGAGGGCAUUUCUACUGCAUCCCACCAGGAAGGACGCAUGGAACCCAAGCUCAUGUCCCCUGAUUCAGGCUGCGAAACUACGCUGGAGGAAGCUUCUAGGGGAACUGGCCACAACAAAGCCGGAGGUGCAGUCAGGGAAGAGAAGCACAUCACCAGCUUAGCAGCGAACCUGCCUGCAAAGGGGGGGCAGCCGAGAUUCACCAGCCCCUCAGGCCCUCAGAGAGCAGGGCUGAGGGAGGGCUCGGAGGAGAAAGUCAGACCAGCACGUCCCAGGGCCCCGGAGAGUGACACUGGAGAUGAGGACCAGGACCAGGAGCGGGAUGCGUUGUUGCUGAAGGACAGCCACCUGGCCAUUGAGCGUAAGUGCUCCAGCAUCACCGUCAGCUCCACAUCCAGCCUGGAGGCCGAGGCGGACUUCACGGUCAUUGGUGACUACCACGGCAGCGCCUUCGAGGACUUCUCCCGCAGCCUUCCCGAGCUCGACCGUGACAGGAGCGACUCGGAAACCGAGGGCCUGGUGUUCUCCCGGGCUCUCAACAAGGCGGGCCCCGGCCAGGAUGACGAGUCUGGGGGCAUGGAGGACAGCCCGGAUCGAGGGGCCUGCUCCACCCCGGAUAUGCCCCAGUUUGAGCCUGUGAAAAUGGAAACCAUGACUGUCAGCAGCCUGGCCAUCAGGAAGAAGAUUGAGCCGGAGUCUGUGCUGCAGACCAGAAUUACCACUGUGGACACCACCCAGGUCGAUGGGACUGCCCCUGGGGGGAAGGAGUUCAUAGCAACUACCCCCUCCAUCACCACAGAGACCAUAUCAACCACCAUGGAGAACAGUCUCAAGUCCGGGAAGGGGGCAGCUGCCAUGAUCCCAGGCCCACAGACGGUGGCCACGGAAAUCCGUUCUCUUUCUCCGAUCCUCGGGAAAGAUGUCCUCACCAGCACCUACGGCGCCACUGCGGAAACCCUCUCCACCUCCACCACCACCCAUGUUACCAAAACUGUGAAAGGAGGGUUUUCUGAGACGAGGAUCGAGAAGCGAAUCAUCAUUACCGGGGACGAAGAUGUUGAUCAAGACCAGGCCCUGGCCUUGGCCAUCAAGGAGGCCAAACUGCAGCAUCCCGACAUGCUGGUAACCAAAGCUGUCGUGUACAGAGAAACAGACCCAUCCCCAGAGGAGAGGGACAAGAAGCCACAGGAAUCCUGACCUCUGUGAAGAGAUGCUGGCGUUUCUGGUCCAACCCAAGCCAGAGAACCGUUAAGAAGGGGCCUUCAUUCUGGAUUCUCCAAUGCAACACCGAUGUCCCAGCUGCGACGUACUGUCACUGAUGAGAGACUGGGAAGGGAAAAGCAUAUAUAUAUAGAGAUAUAUAGAUAUAGCUAUAUACACAGGCAACACCGCGUCCUCGCACUGCUGCUGGGGCUGGCCGAGCAGUUGGCCAAUGGUGACAGCCAACACCUGAAUACAUUUCUUUUGCAGACAAAUUGAAGAAUUGGCAGGAUUUUUCAGAGAAAAAAAAUCAUAACAACAAUAAUCCCUCAUUCCCCACUUCGAAGCCCUGCGGAAUGACAAAGGCAAGCAAGACCACAAUGAUUGUAGAAGUACAGAUCACCCCUGGUUCUGCACAUUACAUUGAGUGGGCAACCAUUCCAUUUGUUCUCCAGCGUCAGUUGCCCACUCGAAUGCAAAGGAAAACACUUUUGCAGCAAAGCAGGAGAAGUCGCAGCAGCAAGACACGUACCGUCAACCAUUUUUCGAGAAAGAAAGAAAAGUCCCCACUUGGAAAGGAAGAGGAGGAACACUGGAUUAUAAUUUUCUGGGUCUUGACACUGGGCUGCAAAAUCCGCCUUCCUUUCUUCUGCCUUCUUGCCCCGUUGACUCACACGUCUUGUCAUUUUCUGUCUCGGCUCACUCCUCCCCUCCCCACACCCCAGGCCCCACACCGUCUGUGUCCUCGUCCUGCCGAGGGCCACUGCAGAUGACUCUCACUUGAAACGACAAAAAAAAAAAAAAAAUGGAAGAACAGAAAACCAAGCCACAGGAAGGAAAGUAGACAUUGUACGUUUAUGGGUUCUCAUUAUGAAGGUACAGCUUGUAGGAGAUUUGUAUGGAUGUGCUUUUAAGUUAUGUAUAUUACAUAUAAUGGGAAACAAAUAUUAAAAUAAACAGUGCUGGUAAGUAUAAAGCUGACAUUGUAAAAUUAUAA